UUCCGAUAUUUCCAGACACUAAACGACACUGAAAGCCGGCCUCCUCCUGGGUUUAACACCCUCCUCCUUCACUCUUCUUCUUUCAUCCCCGAUUCUCAUUUCUAGGGUUUUCAGAUCACAGCCCCAAAAUGGCCGCCGCCGCCCAGCUCCGCCUCUCCUCUCUCCGCAAACCCCACUCCGCUCUUUCCGACCACCGCCGCGCCUCCAUCAAUCCCUCAAUCUCCUUCCCCUAUUCCAAAACCCUAAACCAACCUCUCUCCUUCGGCCCUAAAAACGGAAGACCCCAUCUUUCGUUUUCCGGCGGAAACGGCGGCAAUUUCUCCGGCCGCGGCGGCGGCGGAGGAGGUAGCGGGGACUGGAGCCAGGGAGAUGAGAAUGAAGAGUCGAAGCCGUCGGUGGUUGAGGGGUUCGGGUUGUUGGGUAUGUUUCUGAACGGGUGGCGAUCGAGAGUCGCCGCCGAUCCGCAGUUUCCGUUCAAGGUUCUGAUGGAGGAGGUCGUCGGAGUGAGCUCCUGCGUCCUCGGCGACAUGGCUUCCCGCCCCAACUUCGGCCUCAACGAGCUUGAUUUCGUGUUCUCAACUCUCGUCGUCGGCUGCAUUCUCAACUUCACGUUGAUGUAUCUGCUGGCGCCGAGCUUGUCCGCCACCGCCGCAACCCUGCCUUCGAUAUUCGCCAGCUGUCCGGCGAGCCACAUGUUCGAGCCGGGCUCUUUCGGGCUGAUGAGUCGGCUGGGGACGUUUGUAUACAAAGGGGCCGUGUUUGCAGGGGUUGGAUUCGCUGCCGGGCUGGCGGGGACGGCGCUGUCGAACGGGCUGAUCAAGCUGAGGAAGAAAAUGGACCCGAAUUUUGAGACCCCGAAUAAGCCGCCACCGACAUUGUUGAAUGCGGUGACUUGGGCAAUGCACAUGGGUUUCAGUAGUAACUUGAGGUACCAGACGCUGAAUGGGGUGGAGUAUGUGCUCGGGAAGGGGCUGCCGCCGCUGGCGUUUAAGUCUUCGGUGGUGGUGCUGAGGUGUCUGAACAAUGUGCUUGGCGGGGUGACAUUCGUGCUUCUGGCGAGGUUGACAGGAUCGCAGACGGCUGCCGAGAAGUGAUGACUUUUGUGGCGUGUUGUUUUGUUUAUAAACUUGAUAUCUAGUUUUGUAGUGACAAUAAUAAAGUUGUAGGUCUUCUUUCAAAGUUCAUCAGGCAAUGCUUGUUUUCUCUC